AUGACCGACGCUAGACCAUCCACCGACCACAGUCCGACAUCUACCGAGGAAGAGACGCUCUCGUUACUCUACGAUCUUGACAAGCUGACGCAGAUUCCAGAAGGGGAGUUCACGAAGGACAUUCCCCCACCGCCGAUCGGGGAGUUUAACAAGAUAAAAGAACAGAAUCCGACGCGGAAUGGACGGCCAGGAACCUCGUCGGCACCGGCCGGCUCUGGAAACCAGGUUGAGGUCGAUGAGGAGGAGGAUGGGGGGGAGGAGGAGGAGGAGGAAAGCGAUGACGAAAACGACGAGCGUCCGCCGCGUAGCACUUGUCAGCGCACCUUGGAAGAACGACUCAGGCGGGAACUUGAAUACAUAGAUGAUCUGCUCGAACAGGACGAGGAUGCCGACCAGGAGAACUUGUCGGUGCCGCGCGAACAGUGGAAGGCGGCAGACUUCGUCGAGGAAGACAUGGUGUACGCGUCCAUCGACGUGAUCGUCUUGGACGCCCUACGCCACCUGCAAACCGUGGAGAGGAACAGCACGCUGAGGCAGUACACCUCGUGGAUCUAUCACUACAAGAGGUGGGCGGCGAAGAUGUUGAGGCAAAUUCGCAACAAGCUGCCGCAGGAGUACAGGCUUAAGCACGUCGACGAGAUAGGGCACUACAUCCGGGACAACAAGAAGAGAAACUGGGACCAAGAGGCCGAUGUCCCCCGGGCGUACGUGUGGCUGCACGGCCCAAGGGUCACCAAGUCCCGGCUUCGCGCAUACGUGAAGUACAUGGUUCGGGAGUUGAAGCUCGAUGCCGAGUCCAACAAGGAGGGCGACAACGCCACACGAACACAGCCUGUGCAAUCUACAACGGUGCACACGCUCCUCGGGCGCAUAAAAGCAUGCCAAAUGGCGGCGAGAGUGGAGGCGACGCUAUACCGGGAGACGGAGCUGAGCAUCAUGCGUGAGAUAUCGGUGGUCAGGUCGGAGGUGCGGUUCAUGAUCCGCACCAAGAACGAGCGGGACAUCAUGAACUGCACCGAUCGGCGUCGCGGAACCAUCGGCGAUACCUACACAGCCGAACAGUUCCGCCAGAUCAUGUUCAGGGUGCUGCCGACGUGGGCGGCCAAGGCGUGGAACCCGCGGGGUACGGGCCCGUCGCAGACGCUGUGGCGGUUUCUGCUGUUGAAGGUGCUCACGCUACUCUCCCACCACUCUCUUCUGCGCGGUGCAAGCAUCCGCGAGAUCACGCUCCCCGACAUUUUCUUGUACCGACUGGCGAGCACCUCGUCGGUGAACCCGGAGAACCAGCCGGUCGUCAUGGUCAUCGCUGCGCGGAACUCGAAGACGUCCAAGGAUGCGCGUUUGCAGCAGAGCUACGCUGCGCGGCACCUCGAAGCGGAGUUGUGCGCCGUCGGCGAGACGGGCCUGUGGUUGCACUUCAUCCUCGACCAGAUCGGCCAGUUUCACGGCGUCCGCCUCAUUCCGCCGGUGGACACCAGCACACGCGCGAGCUGGUACAAGAAGCACCUCUUCUUCGCGAAAAACGACACCGACCAAGGGGAGCUCUCUGCGGCAAGCCACCAACGCUGGACGCGGCAGUUGUGGGACAAAAACCGGGUGUUCUGCAAGAGGAACGUGCACGCCGCUCGAGCCGGUGGGGCCCAGGAACUGGCCAUCGACGGCACGCCGCGCGCCGAGAUCGCGGAGCUGGGUCACUGGGCGCUCGACAAGAUGACGCGAGCGUACAUCACCGCCAUUCCGGUGGGGGUGGUGAUGAAAAAGGCCGGUUACUCUGGUUGCAAGCAGGACUACUUCUUGGGCCGGAGCAGGGUGGAGCCCUCCGAUAAGCUCUUGAAGCUCCUCGCCGAGCACAUCUUUCCCGGCGUCGACGACAUGCUGAAGACGGCGGAAGGGAAGGCUGCCAAGGGGUCCGACGCCGACAAAGCCGCGGUGCACUUCUGGCGCACACUCCAGAUGCUGCGCCGCAUCGUCGCCGAGGACCUAGCGGUGAAGCUGGAAAUCUCUGUCCGCAUGGACACCGAGUACUACAACAUAUCCCUCAAGGCGAAGCUGACGAAGGAGAUGGAGCGCGCCGCGAACGAGAAGAUUGACUUCCUGGAGGAGCUCGAGAAGCGCGACGACACCAUCGCGUCUCUCACCGCCGAGAUAACCCGUCUCACCGAGGCACUCCGUGUGUCAGAAGCACGGAGAGUGCCGGAGGCCCCGCCGUGUGCUACCGCGCAAGCUCCCAGCGAGGGUGGCUCGGCGGAUUCGGCCAACAUGGGAGCCGGCGCCGACGGAGGGGACGACAAACCCCCGCCACCCCCACAGACGGACGAGGAGGCUAGUUACGAGCUCAACGUGGUACAACCGUGGCGGGAGGCCAAGACCGUGAGGGACGCCUGGCGCCUCUGGAACUCCGCCACCGCUAAUGACACCCGUCGGCUUUGCGACAGGAUCGCCGAGCCGGGGUUCAUCGACCGCCACACCCUCCUCGCCGGCGCGACGCAGGGUGCACUCAACAAGAGGGUGCGCCGCAUGCUGAAGGUCAUGGAUGCGGUGCGCCAGCUACGUGCGAGCGACGGCGACGCCGACACCGAGGCCGUGGUCGACACACUGCACAGGAUCGCGGCAUCGGGCAUCGGGACCUUCGCCGAUGCCCUCACGGUGCUCAAACCGGGAACGGCACCGAUGUUGUCCAAAGAGCCUGGCAUGGGAGUAAAGGGGCUGGGCCCCAAGGUGGUCUCGAAGCUACGCCUCGCCUGUGCGCUUGUGGCGCUCAACCUGAAGCAGAGUGAUUGGGUUGAAACCCUGUUUCCAGACAUGUGGGAGGAGCAGAUGCCGAAGACCAAGGCCGACCUGGCGAAGCCGACGGCACCGGCCAAGUCGACAGCACCGGCCAAACCGACCGCUCCGGUGCACCGUCCUCCGACCAAGCGCAAGAAGUCGGCAUGA